UUUCUAAAUUUUUAGAAUGUAUUUCAUUUUUUAGUGGGACACAAAACGGCGUGAGGAUAAAGUCGUGGGCGAGGCCAAGUACCGGAUUCGUUAAGAACGUCUUAUUCCAAGACCUAAUUAUGAAGAAUGUCCAAAACCCCAUCAUAGUCGACCAAAACUAUUGUCCUUCUCACAAAGGUUGCCCUACCGAGCACUCAGGGGUGAAGAUAAGCCAAGUGACGUAUAAGAACAUACAAGGAACGUCUGCCACAAAGCAAGCGACGAAGCUGGUGUGCAGCAAGAGCAACCCAUUCACAGAUAUCACAUUGCAAGACAUUAAGCUUACUUACAAGAAAGGAGCUCAAGCUACUUCCUACUGUUUCAGUGCACUUGGGACUAGUCUCGGUGUUAUUCAACCCACUAGCUGUCUAAACCAAUAAAAUCAAAUAUUUCUUCUUGGUGUAAAUUUAUUUGGUGUAAGAUGUAAUGGUAAAGUACUGUUAGGGGAUUAACUUCUUCAUCUCUUAAGCGUUGUUA